UGUCGCUAGUGGCGCAUUCAAAAAAGCUUGUCUUGUCAACUUCACAACAUACACAUACGCAUCUCUAUUUUUAUUUGUUUGUAAACUGUAAAAUAAUUCAAAAUGUCGAUCGAAAUCGAAUCUGCCGACGUAAUUCGAUUGAUACAGCAAUAUCUCAAGGAAGCAAAUCUCGUGAAGACGCUGCAAACUUUACAGGAGGAGACAGGUGUGUCGUUGAAUACUGUUGACAGUGUGGAUGGAUUUGUUGCUGAUAUAAAUAAUGGCCACUGGGACACAGUUUUGAAAGCUAUACAGUCAUUAAAAUUACCUGAUAAGAAACUCAUUGACUUGUAUGAACAGGUUGUUCUAGAAUUAAUUGAACUACGAGAAUUAGGUGCAGCACGUUCCUUAUUAAGACAAACUGAUCCCAUGAUUAUGAUGAAGCAGCAAGAGCCUGAGAGAUACAUACACUUAGAAAAUCUACUUGCACGUUCAUAUUUUGAUCCACGCGAGGCAUAUCCCGAUGGAAGCACAAAGGAAAAACGAAGAGCAUAUAUAGCCACUGCUCUAGCUGGUGAAGUAUCAGUAGUACCCUCUAGCAGAUUGCUUGCUCUGUUGGGGCAAGCAUUGAAGUGGCAACAACAUCAGGGUCUGUUACCUCCUGGUACCACAAUAGACUUGUUUCGCGGAAAAGCGGCAGUUCGCGAUCAGGAGGACGAAAAAUAUCCUACACAGUUGUCAAAGCAAAUCAAAUUCGGCCAGAAAUCGCACGUGGAGUGCGCGCGUUUCUCGCCUGACGGUCAGUUCCUGGUAACCGGCUCGGUAGACGGUUUUAUCGAGGUGUGGAACUUUACAACUGGUAAAAUUAGAAAAGACUUGAAGUAUCAAGCGCAAGACAACUUUAUGAUGAUGGAGCAAGCAGUGCUGUCGAUGUCGUUUAGUCGCGACAGCGAGAUGCUGGCAGGCGGCGGUCAAGAUGGCAAAAUUAAGGUCUGGAAAGUACAGAAUGGACAAUGCGUGAGAAGAUUCGAAAAAGCGCAUUCAAAGGGUGUGACCUGCUUGCAGUUCAGUAGAGAUAACAGUCAAAUUUUAUCAGCUUCGUUUGACACGACCAUAAGAAUACAUGGUCUCAAAUCUGGAAAAACUCUCAAGGAGUUUCGUGGUCACACUUCAUUUGUUAACGAAGUCGUUUUUUCUCCAGAUGGUCAUAAUAUAAUCAGUGCGUCAUCAGAUGGAACUGUGAAAAUUUGGAGCCUGAAGACUACCGAAUGCAUAGGAACUUACAAAUCGUUGGGAGCCGCUGAUCUCACAGUGAACAGCGUGCAUCCCCUUCCCAGGAAUCCAGAACACUUUGUCGUAUGUAACCGUUCCAAUACGGUAGUAAUUAUGAAUAUGCAAGGACAAAUAGUGAGAUCGUUUUCGAGCGGUAAACGAGAGGGAGGUGACUUCGUAUGUACAGUAGUGAGCCCGCGAGGCGAAUUUAUCUAUUGUGUCGGUGAGGAUCUUGUACUGUACUGUUUCUCCACGUCAUCGGGGAAACUCGAGAGAACUCUCAAUAUCCAUGAAAAGGACGUGAUCGGCUUGGCACAUCAUCCCCAUCAAAAUUUAUUAUGUUCUUAUAGCGAGGAUGGUUUGUUAAAACUAUGGAAACCAUAAAAAAGACUCAGGACACUCGUCUCUUUUUUACUCGAACGAAGAAAGCAAGCAGACUACAUGUUUUUAUACAUUGUAAUGCAACAACAUUCUUGAAAGUGGCUGCAAGAUAUUUAAGAAUUUUGUGCGACGUAGUUAAUCCAUCUAUUGCUUCAUCGUAACGCUGUCAUAUCAGGUAAUCGAAAAUACAUAUAUCUUGUAUAUACUUAAUUUUAACAUCUGAACAGAAAAAUGCCAAAAAAAGACUGAA